AUGGUUGCGAAAAGACCGCUCCCCGAGAGGCACAACGACCUCGUCGAAGCCGAGCAUUCGCCUUCCCAUGAAAUACUCGUCGAGAGACGCCGACUGGGACAGACAAACCUGGCCGUCAAAUCCGGCGCUGUCGGGGUUUCCAACGCGACCAAGUCAGAGCACUUGGGUACGUUCGACUAUGCCCAUCUCCGAGUGCCCCUCCCCAAGGACUUGGGCGGCUCCGGCAUCUUUACACUGAAGAACGCGACCUCAUAUCCCGAGUCUUACUUCCUGAUGCGACGGAGCAGCGAUGGUUACAUCAGCGCGACAGGCAUGUUCAAAGCCGCCUUCCCGUGGGCUUCCCUAGCAGAAGAGGAGGCGGAGCGCAAGUUCCAGAAAACAUUUCCUUCCGCAGGAGAUGAGGAGGUUGCGGGUAGCGUCUGGAUUGCUCCAGAAGAAGCACUCGCGUUGUCCGAAGACUAUGGCAUGCGCCGUUGGAUUGUCGCACUGCUAGAUCCAAGCACCAUCGAGAAGGGAUCCAAGGACCGUGAUAACACCCACAUCCAGGUCCCGCCGAGGUUCGACAUCGAAAAGGCCGUCCAUCCCGUUGUUCUUCCUCCAAGCUCCGCCCUUCGUUCUACCCGCGCAAGGUCUACGCGAUCGGCUUCCCCCAGCAAGAUUGCCACGCCUGGUCGCAAGAUCGCAAGUCCUCGCAAGGCGCGCACCACACGAAGUGCCGCGAAGCCGGAGUCGGUCAAUGGGGAGGAGAUUCUCGAGACUGCAAAAGCACUAUCCGCAACGAGCGCCCUCCAGAGGGUCAUCGAAAACGGUACCGCGCCUGCCGAGUCCACUGCGUCUGAGUCGGUCAACGAGGAUGUGGCUAAGGAGGGCGAGGUCAAGGACAUCGAGGCCAGAGAGCCUGAGACGGUCCGAAUCGAGAUUCAAGAGACGGUUGAGCAGGAUGGCGACGUGGAGACCACAACGACCAAUGUCAAGAUCGAUGUUCCCGCUGAUCAUCCCGAGCUUUCCACUCCGGAAGACCCUGCCAAAAUGAUCGAGGAGGCUAAGCGCAUGGUUGAGGAAGCACGAGAGCUCGAUGCACAGAGCUCUGGCGUGGAGCCUAUUAAAUCGAGCAAGAGGAAGGCCAAGGAUCUCUCGAAGGAUGACAACGAGACAGAAGAGGCCGCUGAGGACCGACCGGCAAAGCAGGCCAGGACGUACACAACAGAGCAGCGAUUGAAGAAAGAAAAGGUGACAGUCAAGGCUUUUAUUGGACUAGGAGUCAUGACCGCCAUUGGUGCCGCUGUUCAAUACUUCAUAUAAGCGCAAAGAGCCGAUAACAACGCUCGUACGCUUCUAUGAUCUGAAAUGUCUCUUUUUCUCUUAUGCGGCUCGUCACUGGAUACAUUUCCCCCUCUUUUCUGUCUUUUAACCGAUACCACUACACCUUUUAUUUCGAUCUUACGAUCUUGACCUCCCUCCAUUUACAUCCGCCUAGGUAUACGGCGCAAUGGAUUGUGGUUUUUUUGUAUCUUCCAUUUCCUCUCUAAAAUCAUUCCAUCCCCACCCCUCCCAAAUGGCGUUUAUGAAAUAGCACUUGUUUUGCCUGGUCACCUUACUACCUUACCUUACCACACCCUUUUUGACCUCGUUCCCAUCCCGUCCUCCGUCUUGCGAACCAAACGUGCACUAUCACUUCUCAUGAAACCCUGCCAUUACCCAUAUCACCAAAAAAUCCAUCUCGGAAACACGAAAGUAGAUAUUUAAUUC